AUGGAAGCUCCGGAGCCCAUGGCGCAUGGGCCCGGUGAUGGCGGCCCCACACUCGGCGUGGCCAGGGCAGGCCGUUUGCAGAGCGUCUUCAACCCACUGGUGCCCACCUGCAUGGACCACCCCCACAGCCAAGCGGAACAGGUGGGGAGGCUUGUUCACCUGUUCGAGCGGGAGAUUGCCACGCUCGAUGGGGAGCUGGGAGGACACCACGCCGUCGUGAAACCGGGCUUUCCGCGCUGGGCGCGAUCUCCCGGAAGCUGUGCGGAGAAGGCCGCGGAAGUCAUCGCCUUCUACCAGCAGCAGAUCUGUGCCUUAGAAGCGCGCCUUGCCGAGCGCAAGACGGCCCGGGCCGGAGGCUUUAGCUCCGCCACCUCCGCCAUCCUCAGCAGCGAGUCGCAAACCUCCCCAGACAGGACUCCGGCCAGCCGACUCUUCAGAUGUACUCCAG